UUGAUCUUUUUGGUGUCAUCAUUUUCAAAAGAUUUUUCUUCUAAUAUUUUAUAUUUAAGACUACCAGGUGAGAGACAUGCUUGGUGAUGGCCGACUUAUAAAGCGCCGCAUUGUUGAUGGACGAGGUGAAUUUCCCAUGGAUUGUCCUCUUCAUGAUAGCUUACUAAGGGUGCAUUACAAGGGAAUGCUUCUUAAUGAAGAGAAGACAGUGUUUUAUGAUACAAGAGUGGAUAAUGAUGGCGAGCCUUUGGUAUUCAGUUCCGGAGAAGGGCUUGUGCCCGAGGGAUUUGAAAUGUGUGUUCGCUUAGUGCUUCCUGAAGAGAUCUCGCUUGUUACUUGCCCUCCAGAUUAUGCAUAUGAUAAGUUUACAAGGUCAAUUUUCUAAACCAAUUGGCUAUCUUGGUUUCUGAACA